AUGAGUUCCUACUUCGUCAACUCCUCCUUCCCGGUCGGCGGCGCGCAGGCGGCCGAGUCCUUCCUGGGCCAGAUCCCGCUCUACUCCCCGGGCUACGCCGCCGACCACCCGCUUCGACACUACCCGGGAGCCGCGGCCGUCACGGCGGCAGCCGUCACCGCGGCGGCGGCGUACAGCGCGAGCGGCGCCGGCGGCGCGCAGGAGAAGGCGUACCCGGCGGCGUCGGGGUAUUACCAACCGGCGACGGGCGCGGCGUACGGCGGGCACCGGACCUCCGCCGCCGGCGCCUGCGACUACGCCGCGGCGGCGGCGGGCUUCUACCGGGACACCGCGUGCGGUCUGGACGAACUUCCGCUGUCUCUGAGCCACGAGCGGAAAGACUGCAAGGGAAUGUUCGAGCCCGGGGACGACAAGCACGGCGGAGCGGCGCACAUUUACCCGUGGAUGCAGCGGAUGAACGCGUGUAACGGCGCGUUCGGGAGUCCCGGGAGACGCGGGCGUCAGACGUACACCCGGUACCAGACCUUGGAGCUGGAGAAGGAGUUCCACUUCAACCGCUACCUGACGCGGCGGCGGCGGAUCGAGAUCGCUCACGCACUUUGCCUGACCGAGCGCCAAAUCAAGAUCUGGUUCCAGAACCGCAGGAUGAAGUGGAAGAAGGAGAACAAACUGAUCAACUCUUCCUCUUCCUCCUCCUCUUCGUCGUCGUCGUCGUCUUCUUCCUCCACGGCAAAUGGCACAGAGGACGAGGACAAACGGACGCAGUGAGGAAGGUUUUCUCCUUGGAAAGAAAGAACAAAGACAUUUUGGAGAAAAGUAAAGAAAGGCGUCACAUGACCUUGUGAGACGGGACCAAAACAAAACAAAAUGGAUGCUUCUUCAUCUGCUCCUCACAUGGACCUUUUUUCUGAAUGUUGGAGCUUUAAAAAGUGCUACGUCAGCGUUUGGAUGUUUUUGUCUUUGUUUUUUGUUUGUUUUUUUACUGACACAACACAAGCAAUUAGGUGAAAAACAAUUAACGUUGUUUUCCUUGUAAAUUAUUUUCAAUCUUCCUCUGAUUGGACGAAAAUUUAACUGAACUUCCAAUCAUUAUUUAAACGUUUUAUUAGAAUCAAUGUGCAUUUGAAAAGAUCUCCACGGUUGAGACUAGUGGACAUUUCAAGUAUUGUACAUGAAUUGUUGUUAAUGUUUGUGUUCUUUGGCACUCGUAUCCAAGUACAGAGUUCCCUCGUCGCUAGGCGGAUGCUACGUUCUCCACACAUUGCGGAUUUUAAAGAACCAUCGGGUACAUGCUAAAAUACCCACUGACGUGUUUAUGUUCAUGAUGUAGGGUUUAGAGCGUGUUUUGAAUGCGUGAAAAGUGUUUUUAUAAAGACUUUAAAUCAAUAUGAUGUUCAUAGGAAAUAUAAAGUAAAUACGCGUUCGUUAGCAUGAUAACUUUUUUGUAGCUAAUUUCACACUUUUUUGCUAAUUUUGUAGCUGUAGACCUUUCGGUCACAUAAUUUGGUAUGUGACACAAGCUAACUGUUAAAAUGCUAACUUUUAAAAGGCAAAUUUACCCUUUUUUUUGCUAAUUUUGCAGCCGGAGACCUUACGGUAAAAUAACUUGAUAUGUGACACAAGCUAACUGUGAGCGUGCUAACUUUUAAAAUAUAAUUUUACCCUUUUUUGUUGCUAAUUUUGCAGCCGGAGACCUUACGGUCACAUAACUUGGUAAAUGACACAAGCCAACUGUUGGCAUGCUAACUUUAUUUUAGCUAGUUUGUUUGCUUUCUUUUUUUCGCUAAAUUUGCAGCUAUAGACUUUGCAGUCUUAUAACUUGGUAUGUGACACAAGCUAGCUGGUAGCAUGCUACUUUAAUUUUUUAGCAAAUUUCACACAUAUUUUUUCUGCUAACUCGGUAUGUGACACAAGCUAACUGGUUAGCGUGCUAACAUUUUUCAAAGCUAAUUUCACACAUUUGUUUGCUAAUUUUACAUCCUUACACCUUACAGUCACACUCGCUAAUUCCGAGGCCAUAUAUCUUACAUUCAUAUAACCUGGUAUGUGACACAAGCUAACUGUUAGCAUGCUACUUUAAUUUUUAGCUAAUUUCACACUUUCUCUCACUAACUUUUUUUUGCAAAUUUCGGUGCCAUAGACCUUACGGUCAUAUAAUUCAGUAUGUAACCCAUGCUAACUGUUAGCAUGCUAACUUGUAGAAACUCUGCAAUAGCCGAGGGAACACUGUAGCUGUGUAAAAAUAAUCAGGGUGAUGAUUUUGUAUGGGAAACUUUCCAAUGUAAGCUAACUAACAAGCUGGUGUGAUUCCUUAAACUACCUACAACUUGCAGCAAAGUGUCUGCAAGUUGAAAAUAUAUU